GAGAGUACAGUACAGGAGAAUCAGAGUACAGAGAGAGAGGUAUUGGAUCGUGCGAUAUUUUGCAAAAACUCAAAAAUAAUCGCAGGCAUAUAAUUUUCGAGAAUUCAUAAACUCGUAUCACAAAUCAGUGAAAGGAUCAAAGUAGAUUCGUCAAACAUCGUUCCACAUUACGAUAAACCCACACAAAGCAAUUUUACUACAAGGAGAACAAUUAAAAAUGUUUAUUUCUGUUCUUUAAAGGGAUAUUAAAUUAAUAUUUCGAUAUCGUUCUCGAAAUAUUCCUUAUAAGCUGUGUUCCAGUGUUUUCUUAAUGGAAUUGGCGCUCCGUUCUACAAGUGUUUAUAUGCAUACCGCAAAAACUCCAAGCAGAUCGUGAUUCGAAACAAUUCCAAUUAAAAGUGAGAAUGGAAAAUCAGCAAUUGAACAAUUUAAUCAAAUGGCUCGACACGUUCGAUCUAGAUAUUCCUCAUGCGACAGCAGAGGACAUAAGCGACGGUGUGGCUUUGGCAGACGCCUUGGCUCAGAUCGCACCCGAAUGGUUUACCGCUGCUUGGAGAUCAAAGAUCAAGCACGACGUAAGCUCGAACUGGAGGUUGAAAGUCAGUAAUCUUAAAAAGAUCAUCGAAGCUAUGAUGGAGUAUUACAUCGAAUGCUUGAAUCAACCGUUGUCCACUUAUGUUAAACCUGACGCGACCAAAAUAGGCGAACACUGUGACAAUAACGAACUGCGCCGUUUGUUACAGUUAAUUCUUGGAUGUGCAGUUAAUUGUAAUCAGAAGCAGCAGUACAUAACGAGAAUCAUGGGAAUGGAGGAGACUGUACAGCAAGCAAUCAUGCAAAGUAUUCAGGAAUUAGAAAGCAAUAUGCACGGGCCGAGAUUGAGCCUGGGCACUAGUCUUAAUUUCGAAUCUUUGGACGUAGCCGAUGGAACUCAGCAGAGACUGUUGGCUGAGCUUCAGGCGACUGUCGACAUGAAGGAACAAUUAGCACAGAAGUGUCAUGAGCUCGAUCAACAGCUUUCACUUCUACAGGAGGAGAAAGCAGCGUUGGUGACGGAGAAUAAGAAGCUACAGGAAAGAUUGGAUGAAUUCGAGAAUCCAGAGGAGUCUGGCUCUAUCUUAAAGUAUUCGGGACUUAGAAAGCAAGUGGAAGCUUUGAAGGAUGAAUUGUUCAAGGUGGAAACAUCUAGGGAUGAAUACAGGCUGAAGGUGGAACUAUUGGAGAAGGAAGUGUUGGAACUGCAGUCGAAGCAGGAAGACUUACAGAAAGCUGCGGAUGAUGCGAACCAUUUGAAAGACGAAAUAGAUGCGUUAAAAGAGACUGCGGACAAAGUAACGAAGUACGAGCAGACAAUAGAAUCCUAUAAGAAGAAGAUGGAAGACUUGAGCGAUUUGAGGAGGCAAGUUAAAAUAUUGGAGGACAAGAAUUUGGAGUAUUUACAGUCUAAGAUAGAUUACGAAGAGGAAUCGAAACGGACAGCGAUGCUACGCAAUCAUUUGGAAGUCUGUAAACAGCAACUUGCCGAGGCGCAUCAUAAGUUAGAUGAGCAAACUAAUAAAUGUGAUAAACUUGAAUUUGAAGGGAAAAAAAUGGAAGCGAGGCUGAGCACUUUGCAAAGGGAGAGAGAUAGAUUGCUCGUAGAAAGGGAUGCUUUGAAAGAAACAAACGACGAAUUGAAAUGUACUCAGUUGCAAGCAACUGAGAAUUUAGCGCAGCCUAGCACCGAUAGCGCCGUCGCGAAUACAGAAAUGAUACCUCUUGAGUUCAAGGAGAAGCUACUCUGUUUGCAACACGAAAAUAAAAUGCUAAAGUUGAAACAGAAAGGGAACGAGGAUAAAUUGCCGACGGUCCAAGCGCUUCUAGAAGACUCGGAGGAGAGAUUAAAGAUACUUAAAGGAAAGAAUCGCAAAGCUAAUCAAAAGAUAAUCGAAUUAGAAAAUAGACUGGAGGAGGUGUUGGGAAGUCAAAGCGAAGACAAUAAAUCUGAUAAUAUUAAUUUAGGACAGAAGAUAACGCAGCUGCAGGACGAACUGAAAAAGGUGCAAGCAGAGAAGGAACGUUUAAUUUUACAGAUCGAAGAAAGGGAGAACGCGCUCCAAGCUCAGAAGCAAAAGGCGUUCGCUCUUCAAGAAAAAUUAACGCGUCGGGAAUAUGACAACGCGGCGCUCGAGGAACGUUAUAAAAAAUAUGUCGAGAAAGCGAAGAGCGUUAUAAAGAGUUUGGAUCCGAAACAGAAUAGCGCAUCUCCCAACGAAGUAGCUGUUCUACGGAAUCAGAUUUUGGAACAGCGUAAAAUCAUGGAGGACAUGGAACGUUCUUUAAAGGAGAUGAAGCUGAUUAAAGACACGGAGGAAAAGUUAAUGUUGUCUGCGUUUUAUCGCUUGGGACUGAGUUGUCACAGAGAAGCAAUAGAUCAACGGCUCGCGACGUUGAGUUCCGGUCAGGGGCAAUCAUUUUUAGCGAGGCAAAGGCAGCCGUCUGCUAGGCGCCAUCCACCUUACAACUCGAAAUAACGAUUAGCAAAAAGUUAUAUAUGCUCGAUCAGUUUAUUUUAAAUAGAUUCUCGUGAUCUAAUCCACUUGAUUGCCUUCAGCUGGUUCAAGAUUUUAAUUUCUAAUGUUUUUAAAGAUAAAGAUUUUAUCGAUGAAAGAGUAUUAAAUGUAAUUUAUAUAUGUAGAAUAUUUAAAGAGAUCGAAGAAGUACUUAAUAAACGUAUUAAUAGGCUUUAUAAAUAUAUAUGUAAAUACGACAGACAUUUGUAAACUCCGGAAUAAACAAUGUUUCAACAUUUUAUA